AUGAGCACUACUCAUUUCCUUUUCGCACUGAUCUUCACCGCCACCACCGGCGUUGUGACAAGCUAUCCGUAUGGACUGGUCGGAGGUGUUCCUGUUGUUCAUGCUGCUCCCUUACUUGGACGUCCAAUCGCGUUUUCAAAUGGACCUAUCUUCACGUCAUUAACUCCUUCCCUCCACCCUAUUUACGGUACACCAAGCUUGGAGCUGCGAAACAUCAUACGUUCUAACGAUAGAGAUACUAUUCACUUCUCCAAGACUCUGCACCGUUCGUCAGCCUUCCCAUUCCAAAAGAAGAAUCUUCAGAUAUGA